AUGCCUAUCCCACCCGCAUAUCCUCAUAACGAACUCGCAGACACGGACCUGCAUCCUAUCGAGCAAGACCGGAAGGACCCCGACGGCAAGCAAGGCGACACGGAGGAUGCAGUCGAAGCUGUGCCGGAUCAGGGCUACGACCCAUUCGAGGUGGACCAGAAGUACCUCGUUGCGUCCAAAUCUACCAAGUUCUACCGCGGCGUACUACUCCAGAUGAUCCUCUUCGGAACACUAGCACUAGUUGGGCCCAGUAUGGCAGAUGCCAUCUCCAACCUCGGCGGCGGUGGUCUCUCCUCUCCCUACCUUGCCAAUCUUGCCAACUCCCUCAGCUACACCAUGUCCUGCCUUCUUACCCUCUGCGGUGGCCCUCUCAUCAACAAAAUCGGCAUCAAAUGGGCAUGUCUCAUCGCUGCCAUUGGUAUGCCUCUUGCUCCCAGCGGGUACUAUACGAGUGCGCGGCUAGGUAUCGACUGGUAUCUCCUCUUAUCCAGGACUGUCGGUGGCCUCACCGACGGAUUCCUUUAUAUCGGCGAAAGCACGGCCAUGCUCUCCUAUCCCCUUCCCGACGAGCGCGGGCUGUACCUCGGUAUAUGGUCUGCGAUGCGGAACUCUGGGUCUAUAUUAGGUGGAGCCAUCAACUACUCAACUAAUUUCUCGAAGGAGACGGCGGGAGGCAUCGCCUGGUCAACGUACCUCGUGUUCGUCGGAUUUUCCGCUACUGGUUUCAUCUGGGCGUUGCUCCUCUCGCCCACAGCGAAGGUCCGCAGGCGGGACGGGAGCCGGAUCCCAUCGUCUGCUCGGAUGUCGUGGAAGGAGGAGUUCGUUGCGCUGUGGAGGCACCUCCAGAAACCUAGAACUUGGCUUAUGUUUGUCCCGGCCUUCUACUCCUUCUUCAUCGGCGGGACCUUUGGCACCUACCUCUCCCUCAAUUUUUCGGUCCGCUCCCGCGCCCUAUCGUCUUUGAUCGUCCCCACCAUCACUGUCCCCGCUGUCCUCCUGUACGGCAAGUUCAUCCUUGACCGCAAGAGCUGGUCGCAGAAGAAACGAGCGUGGAUCUGCGCCGCCGCAUGGGUGAUCCCCCAAGCCGCUGCUUUCAUCUGGGUCAGUAUCGAGAUAUCAAAGCAGCAGAACCCCUUGAUCGCUUAUGACUAUGGAAUUCACGGUGCCCGCUGGGCCGAAGCGUACCUCCCUUACCUCAUCAUCUUUGUCACCUGCUACUGGUGCCAGCUCUCUAUCUACUGGAUCCUCGGUACCUUCAGCACCGAUGUCAAAUCGUCCGCUCGCACCGGCGGGCUUUUCAGGGCGUUCGAAACGGCAGGUCAGGCCGUAUCGUACGGUAUCAACGCCAACUCGGCCAACAAGAACGUGCCCAUGUGGAUCAACAUCGGUGUCUUCGUCGCGGCCCUUCCGUGCCUGUUCUUCCUUAUCAGGCUGGUGCCUGAGCAGCCGAAGGAGCACGACGAUGUUGUCGAGGCGGACGGAAUCAAGCCCGCGGUCCCGGUGGCGUCGGGCGCACUGGUAGCUUGA